CUUCCAUUCCAGCCGAGGGUUUUGCAAUUGCGCAUGGUUGAGCCAUGCCGCCACGCCCCCAUCGGCGGCAAUUGUGCCUCGAGCUCCAGAGACAAUCCUUGGAUCCAUGGUCAUCAGACAAUUUGAUUGGGUUUGUGGAGGCCCCCCGACAAAGAUCGACUUUGCGGGAUACUGUGGAAUUUUCCAUCCAUCCACCACCCUUGGAAAACGCUUCUGCGUUCCCUGGUGCCUCUGCGACCCUGCCGUUUUCAUGAACGGCCUCUUCCACUGUCGUUGAUGGCCUUACAAGGAACUAUGAAGGAGGCCGACGAAGCUUCGGCGAAAGCAUGCCGCGACAUCUUGGACGCUGCAGAAAAGGGUGCCGUCAAUGCGGUGCGCCACUUCCUGCGGGUAGUGCCUGAUAGCAUCGGCGUGACAGAUCACGAAGGGAAGACAGCGCUCCAUGUGGCGGUGGAGAAGGGCCAAGUGGCUGUGACCAAGCUGUUGGUGUUCUCGGACGCUGCGGUGGAGACGAAGGAUCACUUUGGUGAAACCGCCCUGCACUUGCACGCGCGGAGGUCGACCGGCCGGUCUGACGGAGGUGCAGCGGGCGCUUCAGCGUCCACCGUGGAGGUCUUCCAGGUGCUGCGGGCAGCGGGCGCUUCGGUUGAUGCUCAGAACCACUUCCGCCGAACGGCUCUGCACUUGGCCGCGCAGUUCGAGCACCCAGAGAUGGCGCAGCUGCUGCUGGAGGCAAAGGCCGAUUUGGAGGCCCAGGACCACCGAGGCCGAACGCCUCUACACUUGGCGGUGCAGUUUGGACAUUCCAACAUCGUCCAGCAGCUGCUCAAUGCCAAAGCCAAUGUGCAUGCUGAGGACGACACAGGCGCCAGCGUGGUCCGCCUGGCCCAGUGCGGUGUUGACCUCGCGGAGGUGCUGGGUGCCGCCGGUGCCAAGGCGGAUGCAGCAGAAGCCCAUCGAUGUCGGGACAUGGCGCAGGCGGUGGAGAAGGCGAAGCUGGGUGCGUUGCGACACUUCCUCCACUGUCGGCCACAGGAGGUGAUGAAGGCCGACUCUUUGGGCCGCACAUUGCUCCACGGUGCGGCUACGCGUGGGAGUGCCAAAGUGCUGCAAUUGCUGCUGGAUGCGGCUGCUCUGGUGGAUGCAAAGGACGUGUGUGGCGAUACCGCCCUCCAUUGGGCGGUGCAGUUUGGGCAGAUUGAGGCGGCCCGGCAGCUGCUGGCGGCAGGGGCAUCGGAUGUUGAAAACAACCGAGGCUGUCGGCCCUUGGAGUUUGCGGUGGAGAAGGAAGACUUGAAGGCCGCUGAGGCCUUGCUGGCCUCGAAAGCCAACUUGCACACUUCCUGCUCCAACAAUCGCACCGGCCAGACGCUGCUUCAGAUGGCCAAGGAGAAGAACCCCCAGUUCGCCGAAGACCUCCUCCAGAUCUCCGAACGACCAGGCGCUGAACAGGAGGCUGAUGAAGUGGAAGCAAAAGCUUGCAGGGAUCUCUUCGACGCGGUGCGCAAGGGCGCGGUGCCGGCGGUGCGUCACCUGUUGCGAGCGGGAGAGGAGAUUGGCCGAACGGACAAGGAAGGCACCACGCCGCUGCACCUGGCCGCGCGGCACGGCCACGUGGUGGUGGCACGACAGCUGCUGGCAGCACAUGCGGAGGUCUCGGCGCAGAAUAGCUACGGUGAGACCUCGCUGCAUCUUGCGGCGCAGCAGGGCCAUGUUGGAGCGGUUCAGCUACUCUUGCACUUCAAAGCGAUGGUGGACGAGAAGACCGGCUCCAACACCCCGACGAACGGUUCCACCGCGUUGCACUUCGCCGCGCAGCGCGGCCACGGCGCCGCCGUCGCGGCGCUGCUGGCGGCCCGGGCCGUGCUGGAGGCGCCCAACGUGUACGGCUGCUUGCCACUGCACUUGGCCGCCCAGCAGGGCAACUGCGACACGGCGCGCCGGCUGCUGGAGGCUGCGGCUGCGGUGAAUGCGACCACUGAGAAGGAUGGUGAAGUGGCACUGCACUUCGCGGCCAAGGAGAAGCACUGCGAGCUGCUCCGGCUGCUGGUGACAGCAGGUGCCAGCCUGAAUGCACAAAGCCGAAGAGGUGAGACGCCGCUACACCUGGUCUUCCCGAACGCCGCCACCGAGCCUUCCUCACCACGCCGGCGCCGCGGCAGCGCCUCUGUGGCACAGCUGCUGGUGGCUGCACGAGCUGAUGUAGAUGCCAAGAACAGCCAAGGUCAAAGUGUGAAGGAACUUGCACAUGCCAAGGGCCUGGCAGCAUUCCUGAGCGCUUCACUUGCGUAAGGCAUUUGGGGCAUGCAGCAUCUUCCGCACGCGCCGCACGUGCGGAAGAAAAAUGGGUGCUUCUGAGUUGUUCGGUCCGGAUAGUGUUGUGUCUCUCUCAG